GACGGUGAAAUAGCAACGCUGUGAAAGACUUUCCCUGGAUAUUUUAGUCUUUAUUUCCGUUGGACUUGUGUUUGUUGGUCUACAUGGUUUUAACAAGCUCGCGCUAGCUUCGAUUCUGGUGAGCUGCUUUUCGAGCUGCGAUGGUCGUCGCUACUAUAUGCGGAUGUCUCCGGGCCAGUCUGUACUAAACCAACGGCAACAAAUGGGAUCAUCAAGCAUCGGCCGAAAACAGCGCGGCGUUGACUAACUAAUACAGAUUAAGAAUUCGAGUUUGUGGACAUUCAGACGCAGGAUUCUGUGGACUCAGACGACAGGUGUUUUUCUCGUUGGAUUGUAGCCCACUGACAUUCUUCCACAGCCAUGGAAUCGACGGUUGAUGACGAUGGAAUGGCAGCGUGAAUGAAGCUUGGCGUGGGGAGAGCUGAACGAUGCCCAAAGGUGGGGGAUCUAAAACCCCCCAGCUGGACCACUUCCCACUCAGCACAGACAUGGUGGAAAAGCAGGGUGGGAAGAAGGAUAAAGUGUUGUCAAGUAAGACUCCCAAAUUGGAUCGCAGUGAUGGGGUCAAAGAGAUGAAAGAGAAGGCCCCUAAAAGGAAGCUGCCUUUCACUGCUGGAGCUAAUGGGCACCAGAAAGAUUCGGACUCGGAGAAACCAGGUCCAGAGCGGAAGCGCAUUAAAAAGGAGCCAACCAACACCCGGAAGGCGGGUUUGGCGUUUGGAAUGGGGAUGCCAGGGAUCCGGGCCGGGUACCCCCUCUCUGAACGGCAGCAGGUGGCCUUGCUCAUGCAAAUGACAGCUGAGGAGUCCGUCAACAGUCCAGACACAACACCAAAGCAUCAGUCACAGUCCAGUAUGGGUCAGAAAGGAACGCCAAACUCUGCAUCAAAAACCAAAGACAAAGUGAAUAAACGGAAUGAGAGAGGAGAGACUCGGCUGCACAGAGCAGCAAUCCGUGGAGAGGUACGCCGCAUCAAGGAGCUCAUCAGCGAGGGAGCUGAUGUGAAUGUAAAAGACUUUGCAGGCUGGACUGCAUUGCAUGAGGCGUGCAACAGAGGGUAUUAUGAUGUGGCCAAGCAGCUGCUGGCAGCCGGAGCAGAGGUCAACACAAAGGGUCUGGAUGAUGACACCCCUCUACACGAUGCAUCCAACAAUGGACAUUUCAAGGUGGUUAAGCUACUUUUACGGUAUGGAGGAGACCCACGUCAAAGCAACAGGAGAGGUGAAACGGCAUUGAAGGUUGCCAACUCUCCAACUAUGCUGAAUCUGUUGUUAGGAAAAGGCACGUACACCUCAAGUGAAGAAAGUUCAUCAGAAUCUUCAGAGGAGGGAGAUGCACCCUCAUUUGCCCCGUCCAGUUCUGUCGAUGGCAAUAACACAGACUCAGAGUUUGAGAAGUUGAAGUUGAAAGGCAAAAACAUGGACCCUCCUAAAUCUGCUGUCACACCCGUUAAAGACGAAUAUGAAUUUGAUGAGGAUGAUGAGGAAGAACGUGUUCCUCCUGUGGACGAUAAACACCUCUUGAAAAAAGACUUCCGUAAGGAUGCGAUCAUGCCGGUCACGCCGGUCCCGGUGGUCACCAAGGCCACCAGUGGCAUCGUCAUACCCAAGACGGAGGUUAAAACCUAUUCCAAAAGCAACUCGCUCACACCAAAGAAAACUGUCAGGCGGAUCAUCUCUGACAGUAACAGUUCUGACGAGGAUGAUAGGACGUGUUUCACGCCAACACCAACGCCAGUGCCUACGCCGCGGCCACAGGCCCAGCAAACAAAUACUAAGACUAGAGACUCUGGCAGCAUGAGCUCUAAACAACAAAAGGACAAGAAUAAAGUCAAAAAGAAACGGAAGAAAGAGAGUAAAAACAAUGUCAGUAAAGAAGUGAAGUUUGGUAAAGUCAAUGACAAGUUCUGUACAUCUGACUCUGAUUGUGGAGAUAUGGAGAGUGAGGAUGAUAAGGGCUCAAACAGUAUAAAGGACUCUUCUACAACAAGUCUGAAAGACUCCCCUGGCUUUAACGCAUCCUCCUCAUCGUCCCAUGGAAACGUGAACUCUCAGAAACAAGUACCAUCCUUGGCGGAACAGCAUCCAAAGCAGUGGAGGACGGAUGGCUGGAAGACGGUGUCUUCUCCGACGUGGUCCGACGUCAGUUCCCUCUCAGAUUCAGUCAGAACAAGACUGUCCAGUGAGUCUGACUACUCCUCCGUUGAUUCCAGUGUUGAGUCGAUAAAACAAGUGAAGAGGAAAGCGCAGGAGAACAAAAAGAAGAUUAACAAUGUGCACAGUAGCACAGUAGACAAGAAGAGCUCUGAGCUCUACAAAAACUCCAAUGCAGACAGUGCAGUCUCCAAAACCGAUGUAGAUGGCAAAGUGCUGAAAAAGCAUAAAGUCAAGCACAAGCACAAGAAUAAAGAAAAGGACAAAGCUCCUAGUCUAGUUCUUAAUCAAGAUAUGAAUGAAAAAUUUGUCAAGAGCUAUUCUUUUGAUUUUGAUGAUUCACGGCAGAAACCCCUAAUUGUUGAGGCAGAAUCUCCAGCUGAGAGCAAGGUCAAGUUAUCCAAACACGAAAAGGACCAUUCAAAGAAAGAGGAGAGGCUUUCGAAAAGCAAGUCUGAGGAUAAGGAUUGGUCAUCUGGAAAAGACGUGCACAGAACAGCAAAAGAGGAGAAAAAUAAGAAAACAAAGGACUCCACCAAGGAUAAGACAAAUAAGGAGGAGCGGGAGAAACCUUUAAAAUCUGACAAGGAAAGAAAUGUCAAAGAGAAGGAGAAGCCUAAAGAGGAGAAACAAAAGGCUCACAAAGAGGAGAAAAAGAAAAAGUCCAAGGACAAGUCCUCCUCAAAGACAGAAAGGAAAGGUGAGCAGAAAGAGGAAAAACAUCUAAAGGUGGACAAGGAGAAAAACACCAAGGACGAGAAGGAGAAAUGUAAAAAAGACAAAGCACAGAAGGAAGAGUCUGAGUAUGAAGGUUAUGACGUUAACAACCGCUUCCUCAACUUAGACGACACAAAGCUCAGUGCCUCGGAUGACCAUCACGACAGAUGGGGCUCAGAGAUGUCCUCUGACUCCUCCCUUUAUGGAGAUGACAGUUGGGAUGCUCCUGUCAAGGAGUACAAGGAAUUCAAAGCCAACAACGCUGUAAAAGUAAUUGUCGAGACCGUUAAGGAAGAGACUAGGAGGAAAGAAAAUAAAGUCAAGGACAAGAAAUCAGAUCACAGUGAGAAAAGAUUGGAGAAAGAAGCCCCCUCUAAGAAGAAAGACAAAGACUCCUCAGAAAAGACAAAUGAAAAGAAAAAGGACUGGUCAGAAAAACAGAAAUUAAACUCCAGUCACUCAGUUGAAAAGGAAAAGAAGCGGAAGGAGUCCACAGACGCAGUCAAAGACAAAAAAGAAAAGGACUCUUUAGACAACAGUCGAGACCGUAAAGAUUCAUAUGACUUCAUGAAGGAAAGAAAAGACGUAAAAAUCAAGCAGGAAACUUUAAGAGAUGAAUAUGGCAAUGAUACUUUCUUCAAAGACAUUGACGCUGUCGGUAAAUCCUGUGAUGUCAGAGAAAGAAAUCACUCUGGAAAGGAGAAAGAAAAGAAGGGCGAGGGAAUGGAAAAGCGAGAAAAGACUAAAGCUGACAAGCACAAAGAGAAAACAAAAGACAGAGGAGCUGAUCAGGAGAAAGAUAAGAGUGAGAAAGUCUCUGCAGAAAAAACUGUCAAGGAAAAGGAUCCAGACAGGGCCACCAAAGACAAGAAGGAGGGAGUCAAAGACAAACACAAAGAGUGUCAUGGCAAAGACAAAGAUCGAAAGAUGUCUUUAGAACAGACCAAGGACAAGAAAGAAAAGGCCUCUCAAGACAAACAUGCUGAGAGGGAGAAGGAGUUUUUGGAGGUGAAGAAAGAGGAAAGAAAACCUGAGAAAAUCCGUGAGAAAACGUGGUACAAGAUAGCCGACAUCUUCACUGAUGAAAGUGAUGAUGACGAGGACAGCUACAACGGGGUUGUUGCACUUGUGUCCGACUCCAUCAGAAAAGACGUAACGCCUGAUCAGGAUGAGCUGGAUCAUUUCCCGACAGAAAGAAUAAGAAAAUCUUCUGCAGAGGCUAAACAUAACACAGAAAAGGCAAAGGACAAAGAACACAAAGAAAAGAAGAAAGAAAAGGCCACAUUUGACGCGGGUAAAGAGAGAAAGGGCUCUCUAGAGAAACACAACAAAGACAAGAAAGAUUCUGUUGACACGAAACACAAGGAAAGGAAAGACAGAAUGUCAGUGGACUCAAAUCAGGAGAAGAAAAAUAAGCAGAAGCUGUUGGACAAAAGGGACACCAGUGAGGAAAAGGCAAAGAGCAAAUAUAAAGAAAAGCUCGACCAUUCCAAGGAGAGGAAACUCUCAAAAAGCAGUGGUGAGAAUGAAAAAUCCCUCUUGGAAAAAUUGGAGGAGGAAGCCAUGAAUGACUACAAGGAUGACUCCAAUGACAAGAACAGUGAAAUCUCUUCAGACAGUUUCACUGACCGAGGUCAUGAGCCAGUCCUCACCACUUACUAUGACUCCAUCAGCCUGACUGAUGUCACUGAGGAUAGGAGAGACUCCCUGUCCAUAUCGACACCCCAAGACAAGUUCAGAGAGAAAGAGAGGCACCGGCAUUCCUCUUCAUCCUCGUCCAAGAAAAGCCACGACAAGGAGAAAGAAAAGGUCAAGAAGGACAAAGGAGACAAACGUGACAAGACGGAGGAGAUCCGAGAGUCCUACAGCCGCAGAGAGAGUCUACCUUUUGAGAAAGAGCCCAUGCCUCUAGAGGCGGACCCUUACACAUUCCCAUUUGUAAGUAAGGGAGACGGCGAAGACGACUUUGAUAAAACAUUGGAAUUUGAAAAAGAGAUGUCGAAAAAGGACAAGGACAAAGCAGCUUGUGUCAUCAGUGACAGGACAAAGGACAAAAAGAAAAAGGAGAAACAUAAGGAAAAAAUAAAGGAGGAGAAGACGAAGUACAUUGAUGGCUUUGGCUCAUUUAAACACUCCAAAGAAGAUGUGAAGUCAGGGUUGAAAGAUAGUCCACAGGUCACUGUUCUGAAAGACAGGUCAAAAGAAGAAAGUCCUAAAUUUGAUCUGAAAAAAGACAGAAGUCGAGAUACAUUGGACAAAGACACAAGAAUGGACCACAGUAAAUCUAAGGCUAAGGAUGAAAAUGAAAAGCUCCCUCAGUCCAAGGACACAGUAAGAAAAGAUAAUCGUCCACGUGAAAAACUGCUGGUGGAUGGUGACUAUCAAAUGACGAGUUUUGGUCAGAUGUUGAGUCUGAAAGACCAGGAGAUUGAAGAGCGCCACAAGAGACAUAAAGAAAGGAUGAAGCAAAUGGAGAAGCUGAGACCCAAGUCAGGGGACCCUAAACUCAAGGACAAGACCAAGUCCACAGAGGAACUACGGAAAAACCGCAGCGAGCUGUCAUCAAAGAAGUCCAACAGUCUGGAGUCUGGUCUGAAAGAGAAGAAGUUGAAGGAUGUGGGUCUCCCUGCCCAAAUGAUGUCCCCAAGCAGGAAGUUCCAGCCUACAGACAGUCAAAACUCAAAGGACGAGCUGGCUGGCCAACAAAUGAAGGAGAACCUUCCCGCUUCUCCCAGGCCAGAUCAAAACAGGCCAACUGGUGUUCCCACGCCAACGUCCGUCAUCUCCUGCCCCAGCUUUGAGGAAGUAAUGCAGACUCCACGUACCCCGUCCUGUAGUGCAGAGGACUACCCUGACAUUAUGUUGGAUGGGCUGGACUGCCAGAACUCCUCGGCUAUGACUAUGUCAAUGAACGCCUGCUCGCCAUCCUUCUUUGAAAGCAGGUAUUCUAACUCCCAGAGUUUCCAGGAGGGUACAUGUCCCACUCCUGCAAAGAACCUCCAGCUCCCGCUUGUCAGUCGCUCUGCUUCUUCUGAUGUCCGCAGGCCCCUGGAGGAUGAGUUCAAGGCUGAGGCUGACAAGUUCCUCCGGCAGCAGAGUGAUCCAGCAGCUGAAUUUGAUCAGUCAUCAUCACCCUCCCAAACUCUAGAGGACAAAUCGGCAACCGUAGAUAGGCUGGAGAGCCUGCCAUCUCCUUAUUUCUCCCCACUAAGAAUGUUGUCCCCUCAGCAGGAGCCAGCCCUUCCAACACCAGAUGUGGCAGAACCAACCCUUGCUGUCAUUGAGGCAAAUGAACAUUUUCCUGACAAUGUAUACAACAAUUUCUUGCCCAAACCCUCUACUCCAGUUCACAGGCCAGACCCCCAGGAGCCCUGCUUUGACAUCGUUGCACCACCAACCCCAGCUCCUGCUGCUUUGCCGCCCCUGGACAUUGAGGACAUCUCUGAGCCUCACCACAGUGAACCUAACCUGGUCCUGUCAGAUCUUCCCUCUGUCACUGAAGAACAGCAGCAGGAAGAGCAGGAGGAAGAACCGGAGGAAGAGCAGGAGGAAGAACAGGAGGAGGAGGAUGAGGAAGAUGAAGAAGAGGAGGAGGACUUUGAGGACGAAUGUGAUAUGGAUGAGAGAGCUGAUGGAGACCACUGUACAAUGGUGGAGCCAGAGCAAACAAGGGAGCCAUGUUCCUUCUCUCCUCCAGUUGAGGACCCUCUUAGGAAGAGCUGGCCUGUAGAGUCUCCAGACCGACAGGAACCAGAGGUCCAAGACAUUUCCCCAACACACUCUGCACCCAACCAUGGAGAGAACUGUUUUGAUCACAGCAUGGGUUGGGACCCUGAUAUGGAUCUCAAAUCUCCCCAAAGGACGUAUGGAGAGAUAGAGGCUGCCGUCUCCAAAAUAACUAGUCCAUACCAGUCAGAUGGUGAGAUGCAGCACUUGUCUGGUCACCCCUCGGUCACACCCCCUUAUGCUGCCUGGAAUAGGUGGCAUAAAGAGGACCCGGAGGACUUUGAUGAACAGAAAGAGGCUGUGGCUGACAUCCCCUCUCCAGAAAGGCCUGACACGGCUACUGAUGAGGAACCCAACUAUUUAAACACCUCAUCAUCCUCCAAUAGACUGGAGUCUUUCUUUCAGGACUGCAACAAGCCUAACAUAGAGGAAGGUCAUCCAAUAGACACUGAGUCAACAUGUGAAGAACCAGACAGCAGGCAGACCACGCACAGCUUCAGUGCUACUACUGAAAGCCACAUGGCUCCAGUUGUGGCCCCUGAGCCUGUGGUGCCCUGGGCAGACCCAUUCUCAGCUGAUGCAGAUGAACUGGAUGACCUGGGACCGUUCUCUUUGCCUGACCUACCACUACCAGACAAGUCGGAAGAAGUUGAGUCUCGAGACCCAGAACUAGUGGAUCGCAACAAGACUGUGCUGAUCCACAUUAGACCUACCGUUAUAGAGAGAGAUGAGCCGGACAUAAUGGAAGUGGAUUUACCAAGCCUGGGUAAGACGUCAUGCCUUGCUGAUGAGCAAGGUUUAAGAGAACCUACAGGACAAGACUUGGUUGUCCUGUCACCACAUGCCAACUUCCAGCAAGAGAUGGACCACGAGCCAAUUAACGGCUCUCGCUCUAUAAUUCAACAACAGGGCAGCAUGUUGGAAAGAAAAGGACUGUAUGUAGAACCUGAUGAGUCGGAUCCCAGCAUGUUGUUUUCAUCUGUGAAAUUGGAUCCCAGUCAGCAACAUCACACUCAGAUCCACUCCCUUACUGAGUCUUUGCAGGUACCAAUGGUUGAUUCAGUGUCUGCUAUCAAAUCAGAGGUGAGACAGCAGGAGAUGUCUGAGCCCGUCGUAGAAUCCAUUACAUGCAGUCCUGUUGCUCAGCUCCCAGAAGCAGUGACCCUCUCCAGCACAGUGGAACUACCAGACACUCAGGAGACCACAGCCAAGGUUACGCCGGUAACCCUGACCUCUGUCUCCACCGCCGUAGAGAUCCCUAAGAAGGUGGAUGAAAUCCCUCAAAGGAUGACUCGCAAUCGCGCCAAGAACAAUUCCGCCGUUGCUGCUGUACCUCCUACCUCCAGCAUAAUAACCUUGACUGCCACUGCCACCCCUGUAACGACCAGUCCGACAGUGCUCCUUAACCCAAUUCCUAUAAGAACACCGACACCCACCCCCACAUCUUCCUUCCCAGCUCUUAAGAAUGAAUCUGUGAUUACUUUGACCUCGACUGCAUCUAAUACAACCCCAACAGUGUCCGUAUCUACGUCUGAAGCCACCUCUGCUCCACUGGUCAUCAGUAAGAUGACAAAAGGCCGCCCUCUCCCCUUGGACGAAGAGGAAUCUCAGACCCAGCACCCACGGAAGAGGAAAUUCCCCCGUUCUGCUGGGCAGCAGGUCCAAGUCCAGCUGGUCAACUCAGCCAUGCAGCAGACCAGGGAAAUGAUCCAACAGACUUUGGCUGUAGUCGUCAAUGCCAUCAAGCUGGACGAUAUUGAGCCCUACCACUGUGACCGCUCAAACCCAUACUUCGAAUACCUGCAGAUCAGGAAGAAGAUUGAGGAAAAGAGGAAGAUUCUGUGCUUCAUCACCCCACAGGCCCCACAGUGUUACGCAGAAUACGUGACCUACACCGGCUCUUACUUGCUGGACGGCAAGCCCCUCAGCAAGCUUCACAUCCCUGUGAUUGCCCCACCUCCAUCGCUGUCAGAACCUCUGAAGGAGCUUUUCAGACAACAGGAGGCAAUAAGAGGGAAGCUCAGGUUGCAGCACAGCAUAGAACGGGAGAAGCUGAUUGUGUCUUGUGAGCAGGAAGUUUUAAGGGUCCACUGCAGAGCAGCCCGAACAAUCGCCAAUCAGGCUGUGCCAUUCAGUGCCUGCACCAUGCUGUUGGACUCUGAAGUAUACAAUAUGCCAUCAGAGAGCCAGGGCGAUGAGAACAAAUCUGUGCGAGAUCGCUUUAACGCCCGUCAGUUCAUAUCCUGGAUCCAGGACGUGGACGAUAAAUAUGACCGUAUGAAGACAUGCUUGUUGAUGCGGCAACAGCACGAGGCAGCAGCCCUCAACGCAGUGCAACGGAUGGAGUGGCAGCUGAAGGUCCAGGAGCUGGACCCAGCGGGGCACAAGUCCCUCUGUGUCAACGAAGUGCCGACCUUCUACGUGCCGAUGGUCGAUGUCAACGACGACUUUGUCCUGCUGCCUGCGUGACACUUUGGUGCUCACAAACCAAGAGCAAACUUUGUCUGAAUCACUUCUUCUCAAAGAGACUUCGUUGAACUGGACGAAUGGAAAGGGCUAGCAAGUUUGAAAGAGGACUUUACACAGGAAAAAAUAUAUUCUAUAGAAAGAGUAAAGAUGAAAAACUUGCUCUGGAUUCCCUUCCGUGAAGAAGGAAACCUGUUUUUACUGGGGGAAAGGAAAUCACACAACUUGCACUUUCAUCCUCAACGUUUUUAUGCUUUUGUUUGAUCAGAGUGUGAGAAGCAGAAACCGUUUUUGCUUCGGGGCUCUGUCACCGGGACACAACUCCUCAGUGCUCAGUUUUGGUGAGACGGGGGACAGAGAUAUAUUUUCUGCAUUCAUUUUUGGUCCCUGCUUCAAUAGACCCACCCACUGCCACCACGGGGAGGAGGUAUCAGAGAAGAGCUCUCCCAACAGCGUGGUGCCUGUCCUGAGGGAGGUCUGAGGAGAAGCCUCCCCUGUUGACCCAGGGCUCCUGGUGGGCCAGGAGAACUAGACAGUCCAGCGCCGACCCGGAGAAGGUCAACGGAGCAGUGGUGCAUCAUGUGGAUCUUCACUGUUGAACAGCUGGGAUGGACAGAGCAGGAAGCUAGAACCAGUCUGAGGGUUUCGGGGCUAUGAGACCGUGUACCCAGAGGACGCCCUCUCUGUUCACACUGCACCAGGCAGGCCAAGCAGAGCCUGCACAAGGCUGGAGUACAGCUGAGGGCUAGCGAUGUGUGUGUGUGUGUGUGUGUGUGUGUGUGUGUGUGUGUGUGUGUGUGCACGUCUGAGAGGAAGAGACUGACCCUGCAGCCUUUUCGGCCUGGCUAAGCAGAAGAGGACAGGUAUGGCUCUCUGAGGACCGACCGGAGUGUUCCUCAGUCAACCUGCUUGCUCCAAACACAAACACACACAUCAGACCGCCAUGGACUGCAAAACCACCACAGGACAACCUGAAGAAACCAACAGAACGAAUGUGGACAUUCAAAGAGACUCUUGAGAAAUUGUGCUUUGGCAGGAGGAGAGAGAUAUUGUUUUUGUCUAUUUCUUUACUUGGGCAUUUCAUUGUUUCUGAGGAAGUGACUUGAAACACUACAGAGCCAAUAUUAGUUUAAUGGGAAAAAACAAAAGAAAAAUUUAAAAAAGUUGUAUUCCGUAAAUUCUGUACAGUUUUUAUAUUCGUUAACCGAUGUAUUCUUGCUGCCUUCUAGAUAAUUUAUUUUGCCACACAUUACUGCACAGUUGUAAAUAACCUAUGUACUGUAAUAUCACUCAGUUAAGUGUAAAGAAAAAACAUAAAAGAAAUAAAAAUGAUCUUUUUAUGUACAGUUCACUUUUGGGCAGCACUCCCCCCCACCCCCCCCCCCCUCUCAUAUCCAUGGGCCAAAAUGUGUACACGGUUCAGUCGGUAUUUGAAAGACUCCAGUGCACAGUUGUAUGAUCCCAUCUCUAGAUUCAGUCCAGGCUUUGGUAACUCACCUGGGCGUGGAUCACCACCACACACAAUAGCUGACAGAGAACAACUCUGGAUUUAAACUGGCCUCCCACUGGCCAACCACCAUAUAGUCCCUCAGAUGUAGCAGAGUAGUUGUUGAGGAUUUAUUUAAAGAAAAGAGAGAGGAUUAUUAUUCAUUGCUUUACUACACAAUUAUAUCUGAAAGAAUUCGAACCAAGAAAAUGCCUUGUUCAGUGAAAAACAAAUGUACUCAUUGUUGGGCAAAGUCACAUAGAUAUAUAUGGGUGGGAUGAGCGUGAGAGCGAUGUCAUUCACGAGCAAAGCCAUCUUGUUAAUGUAGAAUACUUUCAAAUUAAUUUUCAGUGUUUUUAAUUUACAACAAUUUGACUAAAAUCUUUCUAAUCAUCACAAAGCAUCAUUGUCUCUGAAAAAGCAACAGGACGCAGGUCUUUCAGCACUAUGACAUGUUCUGUUCUCCCAGCUUGUCUGAAGAGUUGUAAAAGCCACUGAACGCUUUCAUUCUUUACUGACUAUCAACAUUGUCUGCCCCGUCGUCAGAUUUUUUGUUUUAAUUGCUGUUCCAACUUUGCCCACUGGAUGGCAGUAGUGGAUCAGAAAACUCGAUAACCGAAUUGGCUUUGCAUUAGGCUUGUGGCCUUUCACUUGAAUGAGUUUUUAAAAUAUCCCCUUAUAGGAUUCUUAUACAACACUUGCAUCAGUUUGGUAGUGAAUUAAUUAAUAAUAGGCCCAAGCUUGAAGCUCCAGUCAUAUUGGACUUCUAGUUUUUAUAAAUGUUUAUUUCGACAAGUGUUUUGGUUUGUGUCAGCGAUCAGGUGUUCGGUUGCGUCAUCAUAUCACUCCGUUGGGUGGUGGUAUUUUCCGUCCGCACAUUAUUGUGUCGGAAACAAGCCGACUGUUACAAUACUUAAAGUCUUCUGAGAAUCAGAACAGUGGAGGGGAAAGUAAUAGUUCACUGCUGAAUAGAUGUUAUUUUUGUCCUUUAAUUAAAAAAUCCCAUCUGAAAUGUUGAUUUGUGAUGACUUGUAUCGAUGUUCUAUUUUUUUAGUGGGUCUUGGCUUUGAAAAUCUUUCCCAACCCAAAAGCCAGGCCUCCUGUGAGAGCUGCUCCUGUAUCCUGAUGGCAAUAUUCUCUAAACUUUAAAGUACUGAACACACCGUCAGUCAGCAUCGCUGUGUAUGGUAUGUCUAGUCGAGUGCAAUGGUUGUGGAGGCUGUGCAGACAAGGUGGCUAGAUGUAUAGUCCUGGAUAUUUUUGAGAGAUACACACACAACCUGGUUGGUAUAGACAUACAUAUUUGGAUAUAAAUAGCCAGACAUUUGGUUUUUAAACCCCCCUGUUGUCAUUUUGUUUUGAAUUUGUUGUUGGGUUUCCUACACCGUUUUGGGGAAAGAGUUUUAAGGGUGUCUUGUUCACAGAAUCCUUGUGUGUGUGUUUUUUUAUCUGUGUAUGUAGUUUUGAAUGUUGUUGUGUUUAUCUUAGGGAUUUUUGUUCCUGUAUAAAGCAUAAACACCAGUGGCAUGUCAAUCACAUUGCUUAUCGAGCAGAAUGUAUAACGUUACCCUGACCGACCACGCCCUCUCACUAUUGUUUACAAGACAUCAAGUGUUUUCUGUUUCAUGAGUCACCUUUUUUAACGGUUUAUGCCCUGCCUUUGAUUUGACUUCUUUAGUCAUUUAUUCGAACCACAAAGGCUUGAAAUGGUGAUGGUUGACACAACUGACAGGCAAUGUCUCCCUCUGUAUGGGUACACCGCUGCACAGAGAAAUAGACGAAACACAUCCUCCCACUCUGACUCUCCAGUGUGAAAAUGCAACUCACAGAAAGAGUGAUUUCUGGCUAAAUUGGAUCCAGACACAAAUGAGCAUCGGUCCUCAGACGCAUGUAGAGCCCUUGGCCGUGGGGAUUGAGAUGCUAGCCUGACACCACCUCAGUCAGCAACAUAUUACCUCGACUCUCCUCACAUUCACUCAGUGGUUUUUUGAUUAUUUUUUGGGGGUUUUCUUACUGGACAUGAAUAUACAUAAUUGCUAUUUUUUCAUUCUAUAGAAUCACGAUUUCAAGCCUUUUUUCUAGUUUUUGUUUGAUUUUUAAACUUAAAACCCAGACUGUAGCUAUUUCUUUGUUCCUUUUUCAGAGUGGGAAAUGACUAAUAAAAAGCAUGGAGAACUACUCUUUAAAUGGUGAGAAUCAACCUAUUUAUUAUUUUUGUGUUUUGUUUUUUUCGGACACCUGUGGUAUGUUUUGAGUUGAAGUUGGUCUCCGCUGUGUAAAUUUUCCUCCUUGUAAUGCGUGAAAGAGACAUACUGUACAUAGCUCUGUAAAUAAAACCUCCCAGGACGUUUUGCACCCUCCUCUUUGUACUAGUCUGAAAAAUUGCUUAGAAUGUGGGGUUCUAACAGCAACGAGCUGCGUGCGCUUGCUGCAGGUGAUUAUGAUGUAACAAUGUAACAUUUUAUUUGUACAAUGUAGUUUAUUUGUGUACAUAUUGUUGGAGCAGCUAAGAGGGGGAAGGGGAGGGGGGGUCGUUGAUGCUAUUGUCAGUGCUGUAACAGAAAUCCAGUAACAAUACCAGUACUUUCACCUAUAGCUGUUGUUGAUUUCCUGCAAAAAAAAUAAAGAGAAAAAAAAAGAAAUAAAAAAUAAAAAACGUGAGAAACAGAAAAUGAGGAUGGGUGGGGGAAAAAAAGACAAAGUAAAAAUUCUAAAUUGUUAUUUUCUACAGUUGCAUGUACAGAGAGCGCGAGAACUGCUGUUGUUCCUCAGAGAUUAUGUUCGUUAAUAAAACUUUGAAAUAUUA